UGCCUCCCUUCCUCUCCCUCUCCCCAAAACAAGAACAUUCUCUUCCUCCUUUGCUGAGUUUUGAGCUGCCCACCCCCUCCUCUUUCUAUCAUGAAGAUCAAAAUAGCUGCCUUUUUAGCAGGGAUCAUCGGAGUCCUUGGGGUCCUUCUCUUUCUUGUAGCCUUUGGGACAGAUUAUUGGCUCCUGGCGACGGAGACGUGUGGAGGAUUCAUACCUGAGAACAGCACCUAUCACACUGAGGAGGUUGGGACGGGAAAUUGGACAAAAGGAAUUCUUACGUUUCACCAUGAAGGUUUCUUUUGGCGGUGCUGGUUCUUUGGUGAAGAUUACAAGGAGACCAUAUGGAACUUCUGGUUUACGAGUCAAGCACAUCCAAAACAUUGCAUGCAUGGCUACCUGUUUCCUAUGCCUAUUGCACUUGGACCUCAUCCUCACCCCUCCUACGAUGCAACUGCAGUGUACAGGGGCUUCUGGACAGCGUUCAUUGUGCUGGCUGUCACUGCCAGCCUCGUAGGAGGAUUUCUCUUGGUGUGUGGUGUGCCUUUUGUCAGUGCACGGUUCUAUAAAGUAGGAGGCGGAUUCCUCAUCACGGCUGGUGCUUUAUUUGCCCUGCUCAUAUUCAUGUUUGCAAUGUGGAAGGAAUUUGCUGCCGAUCUCCCGAAGUACAUACUUCUAGAAAGAAGCGAAAGAUGCCUCGACGAUACUCCUGUGAACGUUUAUUACGGGUGGUCGUUCAUGUUUGCAGCGGCGGGAGUCCCCUUAGUGUUUCUUUCUGGAAUCCUUUUCUACCUUGUCGGUUACAGCAUCCCGAAGGAGCUGGAAUAAGAAAGGGCUGGGCCUUUGUGGGAGAUGUGCAGGAGGGGAAUGAUUGGAUGCUGUCUUGGCAUUGGGGAAAGCGUUUGUAGAAAUAUUUGUGUCAUUUAAGUGUUUGAUGGCAAAGCACUCUAAAACAAUGGUGGUGGGUCACUUUAGCACAGAGAUAGGGAACCUCAGGCCCGGGGACCAAAUGCCUGGACCUUGGGACUCUUUCCAGGCCACACACCCUUCACAGCCACAGCUCCUCCCCACAAGCCACAUCCUUCACUAGCCCUCCUUAGCAUCCUCAUGUGCUUUUGUGGCUGCAAAGUGUCUAUGAAUUCUGAUAAUGCCUGUUGCUUGUGUUACGGAAGAUAAAGGUGUGUGUGUGUGUGUGUGUGUGUGUGUGUGUGUGUGUGUGUGUAGAAACUAGUCUACUGGGCAAAGGUAAAGUUUAUAUUUGUUGCUUUGCCCACUUUUGCAGAAGGUUGUCCAUUGUGGUCCUUUUCCUUAGUGGGAAAUAGGUCAUUUGCUACGUCGUAGGGCAUGUCAUUUUUUGGGGUCAAACAUGCCAUUAUUUUUGUGACUGGACAACAUUUAGCUUGGUAAAUCCAGGUUUGAUUAAAAACACAUAAAUUGCUCUUGGAAAACCAAAGAAUUUUAAUUUUCGAAAAUGUGGGAAAUGCUAUAAAAAGUUAGUUUCUCUGCACAAAGCAUAUCCUGCUAAGCAUACAACAUUACCUUGUACUCAUACAACAAUAUUAGAAAGUAAUGACAUCAGUUCAUAAGAAAUUUAAACAGCAAGUUUCAUGAAGUCUUGCUUGGCUUCGUUCUUGGACAUCAGCCGCUUUUUGGCCUCUGAUGUAGCCCUGCUGCCUCUGUGACUUGUUGCACACACCUCUCUAUAGACUGAGCAUCACAGGGCCAUUGUGGAACUUUCAUGGGCUCAGCAAUAAACUUAUUCACUUCCACUGUAGUAAGACAACAUGUCAAAGGAGGUUCAUAUACCCCAUCAGACUAAUUGAUCAGCUCAAACAGGGACAAAGCACUGGGGUUCAUAGAAGGCGUCUUCCUCGGACAUACAGAAGGAUCUCUCAGCGCCCCUCAAGUCAACAAUCUUUUGGACACCAGCUCUCCUCACUGUCAUCUGAGCUCAAGGGUGUCUUGAUUAUUAUUUUGCUGAAAGCAUACCAUGCUGAGCACUGAAUCGUUGGCAAAGCAGCAGGGGGAACUCGUUGAUGUGGAGGGCAUAAACCAACCAGAUCAACUAUCAUGGAUUGGCUGGAUCGAGAGAAGUGGUGUGAGGCACCAACUGGGGAACCCCCAAGGAAAGAAGGCUCAGAGCCAGGGGAUUGGUGGUGGGAUGAAAAUGAGUGGUCAGAAGGUGAAGAGGGAGAAGAUUGGUAGGAGGAGGUGUUGGAAGCUGAAGAGGUAGCAGGAUUUAUUUAGUGAGCAGGAAGUGUUUGGUAGAGAGCAGUCCAGAACCAGAGGCAGUGAUGAAUCAGGCUUGUGAGGAAGCCAGUCUGUCUCCCCCCUUGUCUUCCAGAACCAGAAGAGGUAUGAAGAGGCUGGGCAAAGGCAGACAAAACACUGGAGUCUCAGAUUGCUUGGGAAUCCCCCUGGCAGAGGAAGAGACUUAGGGAGCUGUGGGACAGUGGGGGCCUUCAGUCCUUGCAACUGCCUCAUUGGAGCAAGAUCUACUGGGAAGGGCUCACUAGGCCUGACCUCCUGAGCUGUUUUGUUUCUUUGAAUAAAGAGAAUUAACUUCACUGACACCAUGUGAGUUAUUGCUGACUUGCUCCUGAAACCUACACUGACACCAGCUUACAACCAAGCUUGACUUCUACCUGAUUCAUGGUACCACCCUCCCAGCCAGUGUUGACUUUUGUAGAAUCACCUGCAGUGAUCUGCAGACUCUGAGCAAUGCCCUUCUUCUUUAGGAAAUCUACAAUAUUAUUAGCUUGAUUCCCCCUCUUUGAGCUUUUGUCUGGAGUGAAGUGGUAGAGGUAUCUUCUGUCAGGCUCACUGCACACAGAAUAAUGCUUUCCUGAGCUGCUUAUCUGAAUUGUCUGCUUUCAGCAUAACUUUAGUUGUAUCUUCACAGCCGUCAAAGAAGAUGCAGUCAAUAUCAGCCUUCUGAAAAAGAUCAUCAAAUUCCUGACCCAGAGAUUUCAUAACUUUUUAUUGGGCCCUCUUGACUUUAUUGUGAUCAACGGCAAGUCUCUGGUCUUCUUCAGUGAUUAAGCCAGCAUCCAUAAAGGCGGCAGUGGUGAUGGCAGCUGUGGCACACUGGCCAAAUCCAUAUCCAAUGCUCUGCAUAGCAACAUUGUGUAUUUCUGAUGUUUUGUACUCUCUUUAUUAGAAGUGGAAGGUGUACUUGGUUUUUUGCAACUGGGGCAGCAAAAUACAGAGCAGAGAAAAAAAUGACACUUGCAAUUGAGGAUGUCAAAAAACUUGUUGAGUUUUGAGGUGAAAGCCUCUUUGACAUCUAGCAUUUCUCUACCAAGAGAUAUGUUUUUGGCUUGCUCCCAGCUCUCUUGAAUCUUCUUUAAGACUGUGACUCAUGAAUAUACAAUGGGGUGGCAAAAGAACUGUUUGCUUGUUCCCACUUUAGCGAAUGUCCUUUGCAAGACUGGCUGCUGGGUAGUUUCUGACAUCCUCACCACUUUGUUCUCUUAGCAGUACCCCAUAUGUCAUAACGCCUUGCAGAGUUGGGAGUUCAGAGGGCAACAACUCUCUGCCAGUUCCAAUUAGGUUGCUCAUAUGCACGAAUGUCCCCAGUCUUGUUCUCUGUUUAGAAGUCAUUGUAGGUCAAUUCCCAACAGUUGGGAUGGUGGUAUUAGUAGCAGCACUGAUGGACAAGUAAUAUAACUGCAAGUACUUAGCAAUCAUUUUUAAUGAUUUUCAUGCAAUUUUCCACGCAUUUCCCCCACAAUAUUAUUUUUAAUAAGGCAAGUUUAAAAUUAUUAGAAAUGCAAAACACCACACCAGUAUUUUUAUGUAGUUAUUUACCAAGCAAAAUGAAAUCAUAUUAAUUUACCCAAAAUAUGCUUUGGAUUCCCAAGUCAUGUUACAACUUUUUAGCACCCCUCAUUUGGGGAAUAUGAAAGUUGAAAAAUUCAACACGCCCUAAACCUCAGCCAACCUGGUGUCCCCCUCCCUGUUGUUUCAGUCCACAGCUUCUACUAGCUCCAGCCAGCAUAGGGUGGGUGUAAGGAGAGGGAGGAGAGCUCUCCAAAAAUUUUGGAAGGGGGUUGCCUCUUGCCAUAUGUAUCCAUAUGACAUGGCCAAGGGUUUCUGGUUAUUUAUUUAUUUAUUUAUUUAAGCCUCCCCAGCUUGGCUCCCUGUGCAGCCUCCUCACCAGCUGGAACCCAAUGGGAGCAACACUUUUUUCUAUCACAUCUCAUUGAUCCCAAGAUCAUUUGUUCAUUCGAGAGCCAUGAAAUGUAACUGGUAUGCAUUUGUAAUGUAGACCUAGUGAUGUCUUGACCUGCCAAUUAUCAUUUCUAUCAUUUUUCAAUCUCAAGUUAAGUUCUCCACAUUUGUAUACCAGUUUGCAUUCCCCCCAUAUUAAAAACUACUCCUGAAAAUUAACCAUAAUUAUAAUGACAAUUUUUUCCUAAUAUACACGUCUCUAUGUAAUUUUGUGUAAUAUACCCAUUUUUGCAAAUGGGUUAUCCCUGAGGAUAAUGCAUUUUUGUAUGCCGUAUUAAUAUAUACAUUUUUAUGCAUGCUUUACCCUCAGUAUAUGCAUUUCUGUACAUAUUACUUGGCUGCAGAUCUGCCCUGCAAAAUUCAGAUAAGGGCAGGUGUCAGAGUAUUGCUGUGCUCCAGUUUGUUCAUUUUUUGGAAAGUGCAGUUUAAGCAGGUUUUCCUUUACGUGAUGACUGAAUAAAAUCCACCACCAACCAUCCCUACUGGAGACACAUUGCAGAAGAAGCUGUGCAAGGCCCUAAAGUCUUUCCCCAUUCACUAAUAUUCCAGAGGUACCCUAGAGAGCUAGUAGAAUCCCCAUUUAAUGCUCUAAGAAUUUUACUGGGCUUUGCCCAGAUGUGAGAGUUUACCCUCACUUCCACAUCUAUAGGACCUAAAUAUUAGCUUUGAAACAACUGAAGGAGAGAAAUAUUUAUCAAAUUUUCUUUAAGACCUUAGGGUUGCCAUAUUUCAAAAAGUGAAAAUCUGGGCAUAAAAGUUGUUGAACUUGAUUUUUCCAGACAUUGCAGCAAUUUCCGCAUGGACACUGUUUGCGAGGGCUGAAUACCAGCUGUGUCAGGGAAAUUCUGGGCAUAUCCAACUCUACCUGCCAGAUCCUGGUUUUGCACAACAAAUCCAGGGACUCCCCCUCCAUCCCAAUCCAGUGUCCUCCAUGGAAAUCCCAUACCCAGAACAACAUCCCCAAUCAUGUAAAUCGAGCCACUUAGUCCAUGCGUGUAUUGCUGAGUGCAUGUGGGAUGAGUCCUUCCACUGAAAUAAAUAGGGAACAGCACAUUUAUCAAGAUCCCUCUACAAGCUGGAAUAGUCACCAGCCUCUUCAGAUGCUUACCUGGUCUGGAGAACAUGUUACCACAGUGGACUAAUAGGAGCACACCACUCCCCAUCACUGUCAUAAAAUAACAUGUGAUACACAAUAAAUUUAUGUGCAUGCCUGUAUGCACAGAGGCUUAAACUGUUCAAAUCUUUAACAUCAAAACAGAGGAGAAAUAUUGAGUGACAUGGAUCUCCAGAUUUUGGGAGCCCUUGGUAAAGCUGCCCUCUGAGAGAUGCCCCCUAGUGGCUAAAUUGUUGCAAAUCAAGGUUUAUAAUCUUUGUCCCUAAAUUUAAGCAAUGAUGAAGCAUGUGUGUGUGUGUGUGUGCAAUUGUCCUCAAUGGGAUGCAGUUUGCACUUAUAUGAGCCUGGUGAAAUGCUGGCUGUCUCUUCAAUAUUUAUAUUAACCACAGUUAUAAAUAUUUAGCGUUAAGUCCCAAUUGACCUUAUUUCUUGUUGAAUGCAAUCAAAUCUGGCUGACAUCAUGUAUUUUAUUAGCUCUAUUUGUAAAUUCUAAUUAAAUAUAUAUGUUUUUAAAAGGGAAAAAAAUACUGCAACUGACAUAAAAGGGUGAGUGUUAACAUGUCUUUUAAAUAUUUUAACGUAACGUUAUGCUGAGAAGAUGAAACAGGGGAACUAUGUUGGUUUUAGAACAUGUAUUUUGUUUGCAUUUAUAUUUUGGGCAAAAUAAUUCUUUGAUUCUUUGAAAACCUUGAUGAAGACAUUGAAUCCCAAACUUGAGUGGACCCACUGACUUCAGAAGGCUUAGCUGCCACCAUACGAUUAAAUGUACUGUUUGUGUA